UGUCAAGCCGCCGAUGCGUACGAAUAAUCAUUUCCCCCUUGCUAAGUCCUCGCCGGUGUUCUGGCCUUAUUACAACAUCAAGGCCGACGCCCGAUUCAACGAAAUGGCAGCGGGCGCGGUCAGCUACACGAUGUGCAUAGUAAGCCAGUGGAGCCAGCGAUGCCGAGCGAGUGCACAGGGCCUAGGUAUAGCAGAGAUGAUAGGUGAGCUGCUGCAGGUGGUCCUGGGAAAACUGGACAUCAUCAUGCAAAAUAUAGUAGUGCGUCGGGCGCGACGUCCCGCGCAAGGCCGUGUGCGAGUACAAGUAAAAGUUGGCCAUGCCUGGCAGGGUGACCGAAUGAUCAAAGCACAUUCCGGGCACGCAGUUUCCGCUGCGGUUGCCAUCGUAGUCGAUGGGGAAGAAGCGCGUGCUAUACCGCAUCACUGUCUUUCGGCAAUCCCAUACAACUCUAUUGGGAACAUCGACCCGUUCCUGCAUAGUAUCCCGGGCAGGAGCGGAUACUGGAGCCGGAUGUUGUAGCGCAAUUUGUAGCACUCGGCAAUGGUAAUAGCCUUGGUUUGAUCGACGUGGUCAGGGUCAGUUCACUCGAACGUCUCUUGGCUCAGAGGCCGUGCUGUGACUCCAGCCGCAGUGAACGCUGUUGGGCUACGGACUGUUUUGUGCCGGAUAUUAAACUUGAUACCUUUGACAAACUGCCCAACCAUGCGAAUAUCUAAACCGUGCAUUCCAGUACUUCGCAUC